GUUACUGAAUGGCAUGCCUCCGUAGCAUUCAUGUUGCAAAUAGAUGGCGCCAGUACGGCACUGCACGCAAGGCAUACAUGAUGUGUACAUGCACCCCAACGCAAAUGCGUGACAGCGUUCAUCAUGCGCUGCGGCCCAGCGCCGUCUGCUAGAAACUUCUACAGCGCCGGGGUCCUGGCCACUAACAGCCCUGAAGCUGGAUCCACUGCAGAGCUCGAGUGCCUGCAAUCUCCAAAAAAAGAACAAGAAUGGAGGGGCAAAAUUGCCGAUGGAGGGGCAGCCAGAGAAACUGAUGUCAGCUCGAAUCGAAUGUUGCGAAUGAUCAAGUUGGGCUGAGAGGCUCGGCAUCAGCCCAAGCACGGCCGCCUGGAUGAAUUGAUGGCUUGAAUAUUCCAAUUCCAUUCCUGCUCUGUAGUACAAGAUUGACAUCCGUCACUAAAGAUAGCCUGUGGCUGUCACUGUAUCAUCUGCCUAGGCAUCCAGCAUCAGGUCUUGAUUAGGUCAUUCACAGCUAUCAGCAGCUGCGUAACAGCUCUCGACUGCUUCUCCUCGUUCCACCUGAUUCUCUUCCUCUUCCUCAUUUCUUUUUUCCUUCAAUCUUUCUUCCCUCGGUUUAGUCUCCCUCUCUUUGUCUUUGUCCUCCCUUCUCCAGCUCAGAUACAGAGAGUCAAAGCUUUGGCUCUCCAUCGCUAGCUUGACCCCGCAUCACUGUAUCUAGAGAACCGGAAGGAAUCUUCGCAGCCUUCUUU